CUUUUGCAAAUUUGAGGAUGACGCCGUCGCAUCAGUUGGUCCUGCAGGCCUCUGAUGCGGCGGCGGCCUUCACCGCCGCCAGGGCCCAGAAGCCGGAGGAGGUGGAGAAGGAGGCCCGAGCCCGCGUCGUCUCCGGGGGCGGUGACCCCGGGAACCCCAUGCUGGUGCUGGGCUGCCACAGCAUCCAGCUUGGGAAGUACUGGGGUCAGACCUUCAGAUGGCUCCUGGAGAACGACGCGGGCUACGCCUGCCACGUGGUCGCCAGUCACCAGCGGGAGAGGGAGACGAGUGCCUCGGACAGCCCGCUCAUGGCCAACAAGGACAGCCUCGCCCGCUACUCCUGCGCCCACCCCGCUUUUGCGGAGCACCUCAAGUUCCGCCGGGCGCAGGAGGAGGCCCGGGCUCGCGCCACUCUGCCCGGGCGGGGGGGCGAGGCGCUUGUUGGCAUCGGGCUGUUCAAGGAGGACACCCUGAAGGACCUGUACGACUCCAAGGAGAAGGAGCGUCACAAGUAAGCGGUGAAGGGCAGUGGACUGUUGACACGGUGCUGUGACAUGUUGCUAUGCGUGUCAACUCUUGGAUUGUUGUCUUGCAGCUACGUCAAGUGGCUACGGCGGAAGACCCCGCAGCCUGGGAGCUCCAUGGACGUCGCCAAAAAGUACAUUCUGGGCCGAGACAAGGAGCGGUCGGCGGAGGCGGCUGCUACACCCCCUCCGCCCGGCAGCAGCAGCACCAGCAGCGGCCUCAGCACCACCACCAGGAAGGCCGCUGCUUCCACCGUGCUGCCGCCCCGCAAGCCGACCGCUCCCAAUUUCUCGGCCCUUUUGCGCGGGCGUCCGAUGGGCCCAGGGGAGCUGCAGGCCCGGAUCAGGAGACUGAUGACCCCACCAGCACGGCCUGCAGCUCCAGCGGUGUCUUCCGUCAGAGACCAGCGCCCCUCGGUUCCGCCGCCCCCCACCCCAGAGGUGACGGACGAGGAGCUGGUCCGGACGGUCACUGACGGAGAAAUGGGUAACUGGCACCACACCGGACGCGUCGCACUGUAACAUUUGCCUUGGAUAUCUAUUCUUGAGUCAGUGUGUUUGCAUUAACUGCAACUUUUUCAUUUGCCGGUCGCUAAAGCUGAUGCUUGAAGGACAAAGGUAGGUUUAUCAGGUGAUGUAGCCGUCUUUGUUGGUGGUAGACGCGCCGUCCUCACUCACGUGUUGGUAAUGUGGAUUUGAUUAAACUCCCCAUGUAGCACACCUCGCCAUGUAGCACACCUCUUAACAGUCGCCUUGUAGCACACCUCUUAACGGUCACCUUGUAGCACACCUCUUAACGGUCGCCUUGUAGCACACCUCUUAACGGUCGCCUUGUAGCACUAAACCAUUUUAUCUAAUCAACGGCAUGCUGCACGUCAUGAAUGCUCAGACUCACUUAGUCUCGCUUGCCCGUGUGUUGCCCCGUCACUCUCAUUGUGCUGAUGACGUUUGGUUGUGCGUGACCGUGUCUGAAGCUGGCGUACAGGUCCUUCAGGCCCUCCCGCUCCCGCUGGAGACGCCUCCGUCUCCGCCUCCCCCGGCACCGUCCUCCACCCCUCCACCACCACCACCACCACCAC